GCGCACGCUGGGGCAGUCGAGCUGCACCGGGAAUCCGGCAGCGGGGCGCACGAGUCGGCGCCGCAGCGGUCACAGGAGCCAGAGCGGGAGUGGGCGCCCGAGCAGGAACCGGCCGGCCCGCCCGGGGGGACGCGCGGACGCCUGGGUCCCUGCGGGCCGCGCCAUGGAGCCCGAGUGAGGCGGCCGGGCCGGGGCCGGACUAUGGAGGCUCUGCUGACGCUGCUGGCCCUCUGCAGCCACUUGGCUCCAGCCGGAGCCUCCCCGCUCCUGCUCUUUGCCAACCGCCGGGACGUGAGGCUGGUGGACGCUGGAGGAGCCAAGUUGGAAUCCAGCAUUGUGGUGAGCGGCCUGGAGGACGCGGCGGCUGUGGACUUCCAGUACUCCCAGGGUGUCAUUUACUGGACGGAUGUGAGUGAAGAAGCCAUCAAGCAAACAUACUUUAACCAGUCAGGGAGCGCGGUGCAGAACGUCAUCAUCUCCGGCCUGGUGUCCCCCGAUGGCUUGGCGUGUGAUUGGAUCGGGAAGAAGCUCUACUGGACAGACUCGGAGACCAAUCGAAUCGAGGUGGCCGAUCUCAAUGGAACCUCGAGAAAAGUCCUUUUCUGGCAAGAUCUGGACCAGCCGCGGGCCAUCGCGCUGGACCCUGCUCACGGGUACAUGUAUUGGACAGACUGGGGUGAAACCCCCCGGAUAGAACGUGCGGGGAUGGACAGCAGCACGAGGAAAAUCAUUGUUGAUUCCGACAUUUACUGGCCCAAUGGCCUCACGAUCGACCUUGAGGAGCAGAAGCUUUACUGGGCAGAUGCAAAGCUGAGUUUUAUCCACCGAGCCAACUUGGAUGGCUCCUUCAGGCAAAAAGUGGUGGAAGGCAGCUUGACCCACCCCUUUGCGCUGACCCUCUCAGGGGACACCCUCUACUGGACGGACUGGCAGACACGCUCCAUUCAUGCCUGCAAUAAGAGAACUGGGGAAAAGAGGCGAGAGAUCCUCGGCGCCCUGUACUCUCCCAUGGACAUCCAAGUGUUAAGCCAGGACAGGCAGCCCUAUUUCCAUACCCCUUGUGAGGAGGACAACGGCGGCUGCUCCCACCUGUGCCUGCUGUCUCCGCGAGAGCCUUUCUAUACCUGCGCCUGCCCCACGGGGGUGCAGCUAGAGGACAAUGGCAAGACCUGUAAGGCAGGUGCCGAGGAGGUCCUGCUGCUCGCCCGGCGGACGGAUUUGCGCCGGAUCUCCCUGGACAUGCCGGACUUCACGGACAUCAUUCUGCACAUCGACGACAUCAGGCACGCCAUCGCCAUUGACUAUGACCCUGUGGAGCGCUAUGUCUACUGGACGGACGAUGACGUGAGGGCCAUCCGCCGCGCCUACCUGGACGGCUCUGGGGCCCAGACCUUGGUCAACACGGAGAUCACCGACCCGGAUGGCAUUGCCGUGGACUGGGUGGCCAGGAAUCUCUACUGGACCGACACGGGCACAGAUCGCAUCGAGGUGACGCGGCUGAAUGGGACCUCCAGGAAGAUUCUUAUCUCUGAGAACUUGGAUGAGCCUCGGGCCAUCGUUCUGAACCCAGUGAUGGGCUACAUGUAUUGGACAGACUGGGGUGAAAACCCCAAAAUCGAAUGCGCCCAUCUGGAUGGACAGGCCAGAAGAGUCCUGGUGAACACGUCUCUUGGGUGGCCCAAUGGCCUGGCGCUGGACCUGCAGGAGGGCAAGCUUUACUGGGGAGACGCCAAGACAGACAAGAUUGAGGUGAGUCACUCCUCGAGUGUCGGCUUCCUGCCUCCAGCCGACAGUGCUGUCUCCCUCCUCCCACGUGCCCUGGGCGUUUCCUCUGCAAGAAUCAUGCGCUCAUGUCCUCGUCCGUAUUAUACUUAUUUAUAUGAGGAAGUUGAGGCCCAAAGAAAGCACAUGAUUUGGUCAAGGUCCGGCCGGCUAGGCUUUAAAGUCCUGGCUGGUGACGACGACAACGUGGGACUCUGUGUGGCGACCGUGGAAGGGCUGCCCCUCUGGAGCCAGAGGAGAGAGAAGUGGUCCCUGGGGCUUUGUCCCCCGAGGAAGCCCACAGUGUCCCCCCUCUGA